AUGGAUAAGCAGAGGCGCGAGCUCCGGCUACGGCAAUCGCUGGUGGUUCCAUGGGUUGUCGUGGUCAUGGUGGGAGCUGCCGUGGCGACGGCUGAGUUGGCGGAGUCGGAGCUGGAGGAGUUCCGCGACGAGCGGGGCGGGCUGGUGGCGUUGCGCGACGGCCUGCGCUCGGCCAAGGACCUGCACUCCAACUGGACGGGCCCGCCGUGCCACGGCGGGCGGAGCCGGUGGUACGGCGUCUCCUGCGACGGCGACGGGCGCGUGGUGGGCGUCAGGCUCGACGGGGUUCAGCUCACGGGCGCGCUCCCCGCUGGCGCGCUCCGCGGCGUCGCGCGGCUUGCCACGCUCAGCCUGCGUGACAACGCCAUCCAGGGCGCGCUCCCGGGGCUUGCCGGGCUGGACCGGCUCCGCGUCAUCGACCUGUCGAGCAACCGCUUCUCGGGCCCGAUACCGCGCCGGUAUGCGGCGGAGCUCCUCGCGCUCACGCGGCUCGAGCUCCAGGACAACCUGCUCAACGGCACCGUGCCGGCGUUCGCGCAGGGCGAGCUCACCGUCUUCAACGUGUCCUACAACUUCCUCCAGGGCGAGGUCCCGGGUACGCGUGCGCUCCGCCGGUUCCCCGCAAGCGCUUUCGGCCACAACCUCAAGCUCUGCGGCGAGGCCGUGAACGCCGCGUGCGGUUCGGGUUCGCUCUCAGCCGACGAUGGAGCCCCAUCUGCCGGCAACCGCGACGAUCGGGUCGUCAGGCCGGCCGACCACGACGCCCGCGGGCGGGCUGCGCGCAAGUCAAGGCGCUUCAGGCUGGCUGCGUGGAGCGUCGUGGCGAUCGCCCUGAUCGCCGCGAUGGUGCCGUUCGCGGCCGUGCUCAUCUUCCUGCAUCAGACCAAGAAGUCCCGAGAGGUUCGUCUCGGUGGCCGUGCCACGCCGACAGGAGCGCCGGAUAUCAAGGAUAAAGCUGAGCAAAGCAAGUUGAGUGGCAGCGGCAGCGGCAGCAGCAGCGGUAGCCGGAACGCGCAGGCGCAGCUGCUGUUCUUCCGUGCGGACAAGGCGGCCGGCUUCGACCUCGACGACCUGUUCCGUUCGACGGCGGAGAUGCUGGGCAAGGGCCGGCUGGGGAUCACCUACCGCGUGACGCUCGAGGCCGGCCCCGUCGUCGUCGUGGUGAAGCGGUUGCGCAACAUGGGUCACGUGCCGCGCAAGGACUUCGCGCACACCAUGCAGCUGCUGGGCAAGCUCCGGCACGAGAACGUGGUCGAGGUCGUCGCGUGCUACCACUCCAAGGAGGAGAAGCUCGCCGUCUACGAACACGUGCCCGGGCGCAGCCUCUUCGAGCUCCUGCACGAGAACAGAGGCGAAGGCAGGAUGCCGCUGCCGUGGCCGGCGAGGCUGUCGAUAGCGAAGGGAAUGGCGCGCGGGCUGGCGUACCUGCACCGGACAAUGCCGUUUUUCCACCGGCCGCCGCACGGCAACCUCAAGUCGUCCAACGUGAUCAUCUUGUCGACGCCCAGCGGCAAGCACCAGCAUCCGCGCGUGGUGCCGAAGCUCACGGACUAUGGCUUCCACCCGCUGCUCCCGCACCACGCGCACAGGCUGGCCGCGGCCAAGUGCCCGGAGUACGCGCGCGGCAAGCGACCGUCGUCCCGAGCCGACGUGUUCUGCUUCGGCCUCGUGCUGCUGGAGGUGGUGACGGGGAAGUUGCCGGUGGACGAGGCUGACGGCGACAUGGCGGAGUGGGCGCGUCUGGCGCUGAGCCACGAGUGGUCCACGGACAUACUCGACGUGGAGAUCGUCGGCGAGCUGGAGCGGCACGGGGACAUGCUGAGGCUCACGGAGGUCGCGCUGAUGUGCGCUGCUGUCGAGCCCGACAGGCGGCCCAAGAUGCCCGACGUCGUCAGGAUGAUCGACGAGAUCGGUGGCGGCGUGGAGGAGAAAGGGAGGUGGGAGCUCGUCGUAGGAUGA